AUGUCAACAAAAUCGAUCCUCGUCAUCGGUGCCACAGGCGCCCAAGGUCUCGCCGUCAUCGAUGCUCUCCUUGCCCCAUCGACCGACGGGUCGCCUUUACCUUAUGCCGUCCGAGCUCUGACUCGUGACCCAAAAAGUCGACGUGCGCAGAGUCUCAAAGCCAAGGGCGUCGAAUUAGCACAAUGCAAUACGGACGACUUGGACUCUGUCGAAGCGGCGCUCAAAGGCGUUUAUGGCGCCUGGGUUAACGUGGAUAGUUUUACGGUUGGUGAGAUGAAGGAGAUGUGGUCGGGCAUGAGGAUUUUCGAGUUGGCGAAGAAGCUUGGGGUCACACAUUACGUCUGGAGUAGCCUUGAGUAUAUAACCAAGUUGGGAGGAUACGACGAGAAGUACCGAACCGACCAUUACAACGCCAAAGGCCGAGUCGCAGACUGGAUGAAAGCCCAACCUUCCAUCGUUAGUGAUACCGAUAUGUCUUGGUCUUCCGUCUCCACGGGUCCGUACAUGGACACCCUCGUCGAGGUAUUCGCACCUACGCAACGCCCCGACGGCACCUUCGUCUUCGCCGCUCCCCUCGGUUCCGGCCACGUCCCGCUUAUCGCACUGGCUGACAUCGGAUUUUUCGCGAGAUAUACAUUCGAUAACCGAGACUUGACGAGCGCAAAAGAUUUGGAAAUCGCGAGUGAGGUUAUAGGAUGGGAUGAUUUGGUGAAGACAUUUGAGAAGGUGACAGGGCUAAAGGCCGUCUACAAACGUCUGGAUAUCAAUGAAUGGCUCGACCUUUUCUUGGACCCGGACCAGCCCGUGGCGGCGGACCGCGUCAAGGGUGACGGAACGACGACGUUCAGGCAGAACUUCACGGGGUGGUGGAACAUCUACAAAGACGACAUCCUGCAGAAGGACAUGUCUUGGAUUCGGGCCGUGCACCCUAACGGAUAUACCGUUGAGAGGUGGAUGAGGGAGAAUAAUUACCGUGGGGAGUUCAAAGGCGUCUUGAAGCGUAAAGAGGAUGCGAAGGGGCCUAUGUUCAAUCCUGAGAAGUUAACCGCUAUCUGA